AUGGAGCGACUUAUCAAGAAAAGGGAUGGAAUCAAGUAUCAAGUAGAAUGUAUUUACGACUAUGUGAAAAGUGUUACUAGUGAGGAUGGCGAAAGUGUAAAGACGACCGCUAAAGUUUUGGCAAAGAAACAGAACGCUUUGUCAGUCUAUAAGGAAAGGUAUGACCAGAUUUUCGAAGAAUUGUUGAAUGAAGCAGCGACAACCGAAGAGGUUGAAGAAAUUCACUAUUCAUACAAGGUUUUUCAAGACAAGUGUACGGGAAUCGAAGAAAUAAUUGAUAUUAUCGAAGAUAACUACUUUCCUGAAGAAUCGACGCGUGCUACUUCUGCGUCAGCUUCUAGUUCUACGUUUGAUGCAACAAUAUUGCAAGCUGUUAAAGAAAUUGUGAACAAUCAAGUGGAAUCAUUGCAACGCAUUACUGCACAACAACAAGAAUCGUUAAAGGAUCUGUUUUCUGCUAAUAAGAUUUCUGCGAGUGAAGCAAAGCUGCCGCAACUGGAUUUGAAAUCGUUCAGUGGAGGAUAUACGCAAUGGUCGGAGUUCUACGAUACUUUUAAAUGUGCUGUUGAUUCGCGUUCAAAUUUAGCGCCCGUUCAGAAGCUUCAAUAUUUGAAAUCGUGUCUCAAGGGAGAAGCUGCUGUACUCGUCAAGAAUUUGAAUUUGAAUGAUGCAAAUUAUGCUAUUGCUAUUGAUUUAUUGAAAGGAAGAUACGAGAACGUCAAGAAUAUACGCGAGGCUCAUUUUGACACAAUUUUCAACAUGCAAAGUAUUGGAAAAAAGAAUGCAGUUAAUCUUCGGAAGUUAUGUAAUGUCAUGGAUGAAAACAUUCAAGCUCUACGUAAUUUAGGAGAACCUGUUCAACACUGGAGCUCUUGGCUUGUUUACAUUUGCAAGAAAAAGCUUGAUUCCGAAACACGCUUUGAAUGGGAAAAGCAUACUGCUAAUAACCAAAGUCCUACGUUCAAGGAAAUGCAUGAUUUUCUUUCUGAACACGCUUAUGCUUUGGAGGCAUCGGAAGAAAAAUCAAAGAAAUUCAACUAUGGAAACAAAUCUUCAAAUUCAACUGCUUCUGUAAAGUGUUUUAGUGCCGUUCAAAAGAAUCUGAAGGAUAAUUGUUUUUUGUGUGGAAGUGAUCAUCGUUUGUCCUAUUGUCCUGAAUAUACACGUCUGGAUGCGCUUGAAAGAAGGUCUAAAAUUUUGUGUUUAAAGCUUUGUCUCAAUUGUUUCUCAAGGCAACAUUUUGUGGCACAAUGUCCAAAACCGCCAAGCUGUAGAGCGUGCAGGAAAAAACAUCAUCCGACGCUUCAUGUCGAUGAUCUACACAAGGAAAGUGUCGAAGUUUCAAGUUCAUCAAAGUCUGUUGAUGAUAGUACGUCGAAUGUUUCUACCUUUGUGGAACAAUCAUUUAUUCUUAAGGAGGAAGUUUUGUUGGCCACUGCACUGGUUUAUGCUGACUCUAACGAUGGUCAGAAGAUAUUAUGCAGAGUCUUAAUUGAUCCAGGAUCUCAGUCAAGUUUCGUGACACGCGCUUUUGUACAACGUUUACGUCUAAGACCUUCGUUGUUGAAGAAUGGAAUCAACAUAAAUGGCAUUGGAGGGAUUUUGAAAGGAACUUUAAAUCAUGCUGUGGAUUUAAAUUUGUCAUCUGUGCACUCUGAGGNUUGCAUUUUUAUGCCAUUGCUUUUUAUCUUGAGAUUUGUUGUAAAUGAAGCUUUUACCACCAACAGCUUUUACCGUAGUUUAUUAUAA